AACAUUAAUUUACAGUUAACAAACAAUAAAAAAAGGAUAUUUUUCUGAAGUUAACGCAUUAGUUGUGUAGUUUUCAUAAUGUAUAUAUAAUACAAGUACAUACUACUAAGUAUCAAUCUUAUUGCUGUGUCAAUUUUAAUUGAUUCUUAAUGUUUCUUAUUUAUAGACAUUGCCGUUUAGUUUGUUGAUAUACUUCAAUAUAUUACUCCAUGGCUCUUACAAAUAAAUUACUUUUGAGUCAAAUUGCUGGAUAUACAAUAGCAACAAUUCUUUCAUUAUGCAUCAUCAUACCAAUGAGCCUUCACCAGGAUGAAUUUAAAGGACACUGCUUGUUGUUUUCUUCAGGCCAAUGGUUGGAAAAGAAUGGGCAAUUUCUAGUCAACUGGGCAUCCCAAGCUUAUUGUAAUUACUCCAUUUUUGUUGGAGUUUUAUUAUUAGUUAUAUCAUCAAUACAGACAUAUAGAAUGUCAAUUUUUGCAUACAAGGGAACUGAUAGUUCAUUUUUGUUGACUUUUGUGGAUGCCAUAACAUGUGCACUAAUGUGUCUUUUCACAAUUAACGCUGCUCUUAUGAUAACAUUUGGAUUUAUGACUUGGUGCAAUGACAUGAUAGAAAGAUUCCCUUCAUGUGAAAUGGCUGCUGGCAAUCCAAUUGAUAUUCAAGAUGGCAUAGAUACUUCUGGGUUUUACUUUCAGUUAGGUGUUGCUCAGUUUGGAGUGUGGGCAUCGUGGUCAUGUUGGGUUGGCUUGACAGUUUGUUCAUUAUGCAAACUAUGUUACUAUCAUCAAAUGAGUAACAUGAAAGCUUCAAUGUUGAGAGAAAGACAAAAACUUAUUGAUGAAGGAAUGGCUGCACCUACCAGAGUAACACCAUAUGCCACCCAAUCAGAUAUAACACCAGAUGAUAUUAAUAAUCCUAAAAUUGAACCUCAACUUGAAAAAUAAGCUGAUAAAAUAUUUAAAAUAUAUCAUGUCUGUUAUUAAAUAUUUCAUGUAUUUAUUUUAACUUUUAUUUAGAAUUUUAAUAUUUAUAUACUGACAUAGUUUUUAUGUAUAUUAUUUAGUAUUGUACACUUAUUUUUGUAUAAUUUAAAUUUAUAACUUACCUUUUUGUAAAAACGAAUAAAUGUAAUUAUUGAUAGUAUAAA